ACGAACCUUAUUAAGUUUUGAACAACAGCCUCUCACUUGCUCUCCAUCCUUGAUCCUCCGUUGCAUUCUCUCUCCCUCUCUCUGUACUUUCUCUCUCCAUACGUCUCUGAGAGAGUGAGUGAGCAUAGCAAUGGAGAUAGCUAUUGGUUUAGCCAGUUCUGUCACUCCCACGUUGUCUGUAAACCCUAGCUCUAUCAAGCGGAGCUUCAGUUUUGCUUCUCCUAAUCUCCCAAACCAGUUCUUUGGUCUCGCUUUAUCUUCAUCUUUGACCACUAAACAACCAUUUAAGUUCCAUACCAGAAACCCAGUUCGCAAUCCUAUCAAAUGCUCAGUUUCUCAAGCCACUGAAACUGCAACUGAGAAAAAGAGCCGGUUAAUGAGAAGAAGGGACAUCAGAAAUAUAGCAAUCGUUGCUCAUGUGGAUCAUGGAAAGACAACGCUGGUGGAUGCAAUGUUGAAGCAAGCAAAGGUAUUUCGUGAAAACCAAUUUGUACAGGAAAGGAUAAUGGACUCAAAUGAUCUAGAGCGUGAAAGGGGAAUUACUAUACUUAGCAAGAACACAUCAAUUUUUUAUAAAGAUACAAAAAUAAAUAUAAUCGACACUCCGGGGCACUCUGACUUUGGUGGUGAAGUGGAGCGCAUCCUCAAUAUGGUGGAGGGAGUUCUUCUAGUGGUGGAUUCUGUUGAAGGUCCAAUGCCGCAAACAAGAUUUGUUUUAAAGAAGGCACUUGACUUUGGCCUUGCUGUCGUUGUUGUUGUUAAUAAGAUUGAUAGACCUUCUGCUCGUCCAGAUUAUGUCAUCAAUUCCACUUUUGAACUCUUUAUUGAACUGAAUGCAUCAGAUGAGCAGUGUGAUUUCCAAGCAAUAUAUGCAAGUGGUAUCAAGGGAAAGUCUGGACUUUCUCCCGAGAAUUUAGCAGAGGAUCUUGGACCACUUUUCGAAUCCAUAAUUAGAUGCAUACCGGGACCCCAUAUCGAGAAAGACGGUGCUCUUCAAAUGCUCGUCACAAAUAUCGAGUAUGAGGAACAUAAAGGGCGCAUAGCUAUUGGACGUUUGCAUGCUGGUUCUUUGCGUAGAGGAAUGGAUGUGCGGAUAUGCACCUCAGAAGAUGCAUGCAGAUAUGCAAGAGUUAGUGAACUUUUCGUGUAUGAGAAAUUCAACAGAGUUCCGGCAGAUACUGUGGAAGCUGGUGAUAUCUGUGCUGUCUGUGGCAUUGACGAUAUUCAGAUUGGGGAGACAAUUGCCGACAAAAAUUUAGGGAAGCCAUUACCCUCCAUUAAGGUGGAAGAACCCACAGUGAAAAUGUCUUUCUCCAUCAAUACUUCACCUUUUGUUGGCCGUGAGGGAAAGCUUGUGACUAGUAGAAAUCUAAGAGAUCGCCUCUACCGUGAGCUUGAGCGAAAUUUGGCCAUGAGAGUUGAAGAUGGUGUAACAGCAGACACGUUCAUUGUUAGUGGACGGGGUACUUUGCAUAUCACCAUUCUAAUAGAGAACAUGCGAAGGGAAGGAUAUGAGUUCAUGGUGGGACCCCCCAAAGUAAUCAAUAAAAAAGUGGACGACAGGUUGUUUGAACCUUUUGAGAUUGCCACUGUAGAAGUUCCUGAAGAACACAUGGGGCCUGUGGUGGAACUUCUUGGUAAAAGGCGUGGACAGAUGUUUGAUAUGCAAGGACUUGGGUCUGAAGGAACAACACUGCUCAAGUAUAAGAUGCCGACCCGUGGACUCCUAGGACUUCGAAAUGCAAUCUUGACAGCUUCUCGAGGCACAGCCAUUCUCAACACAAUAUUUGAUAGCUAUGGACCUUGGGCUGGUGAUAUAACGACUCGUGAUCAGGGUUCACUGGUUGCUUUUGAGGAUGGAACCAGUACAUCUUAUGCUCUCUGUAGUUCACAAGAAAGAGGGCAGAUGUUUAUUGGCCCUGGAGUGGAUGUUUAUAGAGGUCAAAUAGUUGGCAUUCAUCAGCGGCCUGGUGACUUGUACCUGAAUGUGUGCAAGAAAAAAGCUGCAACCAAUGUACGCUCCAAUAAAGAACAAACAGUGGUUCUUGAUACCCCAUUGGAUUUUAGUCUGGAUGACUGCAUAGAAUACAUUCAAGAAGAUGAACUGGUGGAGGUUACACCUUUAAGUAUCCGAAUGUGCAAAAACCCGAAGAUUGCAAAGAAGAUGCGGUAGCUGUCCAAUUUUAGACACCACCAAGAGGGUAGCCAGCUUCACCUCUUUGCAGCUUCAUUCAUGCCGCAUCAGGCGGUUAUACAAAUUUUAUACCUUUAAUCAUUUGUAGCACAUAUCCUUUUCUCCUUUUCCGUGGGGACUACAUGGUUUUUCAAGCUUCCAUCAGAGCAUAGCAGAAAUUUGAAUCUUCAGAUACACGAGGGUAUGUCUGGUUUUGCUCACUGAUCUAAAUGGAUGUAUAUACACUAGUACAGAAUCUCAAAGUUGUAUAACGUUUGAGAUCUGUAUGGCUACUGUUUAUAGUUAGAGAAAAAUAAAUGUUUCCCUUAUUUUCAUGUAUUUUUCGCUAUUUUUUAAAUGGGCUGCAAAUGAUACAUUCAGUUUCCUGGGUAGAUUACCACCAUUAGCAGUUGAAACCCA